CAGAUAACAUGUCAACCAAGAUUCCGAAAAUCGAUACGAGUAGUAUCCUUACGAACAAAUCUAGAAAGUCGAAAUCCAGUAAGGUUUCCAUACAAGAAACACGCUCACAAUUAGAACAAGUCACAGGCAAGGAUGAGCUUCCUCGUUCUCUCCGAAAUGAUUACAUUAUGAUACGCGGAACUGACGCAGAGAAACUACUCAAUGCAGAGAAGAGUCUUAUUGUUCCACAUAGCUCUCCUAAAAGCAACAUCAUUUUUCAUAAAUAUGUUGAUACUUUACCCGAAAAAACAAAUGUCAUCGAGAACUUGGAUAUUCCAUAUAUUCGUAUAUUAGGAAUAAGGAACACCGUCAAACACAUUGGAGAAUUUUUCGGUUGCACUCUCUACAAAACCAGCCUUUUACAGUUUUGGUUUUUGGACAUGGUGACUGAUUGCCUUUGGAAAUGCCAGGAUGAGUUUACAUUGAACGACCAAAAUCAAAAAUGUGUUUUGUCUUGGGUUUUAUAUGUCUUUAAUAUCAUCAGAGACCCACUUAUGAAUUUAUCGCGUGGACAAUUAUUCCGACUCUUUUGCGAGAUAUUAACUCUGGCAGAAGAUCGUAUAGAAUGUGGUGACCCCUAUUUCCCAAAGCCAGAAGAACUAUUUGAUGUCAGUCUUUCUCCUGAAAAUACAGUUGAAGUUGAUGCUCUGCUGUCAGAUUCUACAAACUCUAGUUUAGCCUUCAAUAGUAGUGAGAGCGAACACAGUUUCUUGGUUAUUCCCUCAGAAGAAUACCCUGAUCUUCCUGAUUUCUAUAAGCUACCGGCAAGGCCAUGCAAAUGCACUAUAUUUGUUUCGAGUUCAUUAGAAACAUUAUCCGAAAAAUCAUUACCUGGUAUCAACACCCAAUCCGAAGAGAGCGGGCUUCAUUACAAUUCAGAAGACGAUAUGAUUAACAUCGAAACUCCAGACUCUCUCUCUGAAUUUUAUCAACCCAAUUCUAGGAUACAUUCUAGAUUUUUAGAUGAGAUCGAUGAAGAAGACGAUGAAUCCAAGAAUAUUGAAGAAUUGAAUAAAGUUUUAUCAGAAUUGGAAUAUGAAUGGGUCAGUUAUUCCGAAAAACCAAUUCUUCAAGCUAUAGAAAAGCCCAAAUCUGUAGGCACCCUCAGCAGUCACGAUGCUGCAUCUGUACACUCUAGCAUUAGAAAAAUCAGAAGCAGCAGUAAGUCGAAAGCAAAACCAGAGAGAAGAAGCAGCCAGGAAGAUACUUCUUCUAUACAAGGAAUACCAAUGAAAAAAACUAAACAAAAAGUUCCUAAGCAGGAGAAAAAAUUAGGAGAAGACGAAUUACUCAAAGUUUGGUUCGAGUACAAUCUUUGGGAACAGCGUAAAAAGGAUAUGGAAGAUCCCAAUAAAGGCUGGAAACCAUUUGAGCCUGAGUUAUGUGCUCACGAUUGUAAUUGUGAUCAAAUUGAGUAUACGUCUGAAGAUUUCGAGAAUGAAGAGUACCUCCAGAUCAAGAAUGAAUGGCUGCAGUAUUUGGAUAAACAUAAACUAGCCAUUGACCAAAAUACCCAGAAUGUGUUCAUCAAUUCCUGUCUGCUUCUAAUGAUCAAGCAGUUUGUUGUUGAAUAUUUUCUUGAGAGCUUCCAAUACAAACUAGUAAAGAUGGCCUAUCAAACGGUUCCGAAUCUCACAUAUGAAAAGCUGAAUAAUAAAUGGCUUGUUCCGAAAGAAAAUAAAGAGGAGUUCAAACGGCCACUUGAGAAAAAACCCAAAGUAUCAAAACCAAUAAAAGAAAAAACACCCAAAGUUAAAAAACAGAAAGAGAGAGAAGAGAAAAAGAGUAAGAGCUCCAAAGGAAGUAGCAAAAAAGAAAAACAAUCAAAAAUCAAACCGGAAAAACCCCACAAACUCACUAAAGAAGAAAAAGAAGAGAUAGAAAGAAUGAAGAAAGAAGAAAUGCAGAAAAUGUUCGAGGAAAUUGCAGGUGAAGAAAACCGGCGUUUCAUUUUUCCUUUGGGUUUGGCAGCAAAUAGAGAUUUCUUCAUGAGCAUUUUCAAGGACUUUUCACCACCAUCAGAGGCUAAAGAUAAAGGAAAAGAUAAGAAAAACAAGAAGAAAAAAUAGGAAUCAUAAUUGUUUGCAAUAUUUUCAUUUUCUCUUUUAUUCUAUUGAAUCAUUCCAGUAAUAAAUGUUUCCUGGCACACCGAAAAAUUUGUAGGCGUUUUGCUAAAUCCUUUUGUUGAACUUUGGUCAGAGAAAUUCACCGACACAACCUGGAAAAGUGUAUGAAAAAAUUAAAUACUCAAGCUCGGAGCAUACUAAUCAGUUCUCAAAAUUGAUACAAUUCUGUUUCCAAUUUGUUCGAUCGAAUUAAGACCAUAAACAGCAGUACAAAAUUCAAAUUUAUUUAUUUUUUAUUUUAUUUAUUUGCAAUGAACAGGAAUCCUAACAGGAAAACUCAAUUAG